AUGGAGUCUUAUAAUAGGUCUGUCAAAACAAGGAUUGAACGACUUAUUUGUGAAAUACCUUCAAACGAACAAAAUAUCCAAGAAGAAUAUUAUCAAGAAAUUGAAGAACUAAAUAAAGAAAUCCGUGAACUAAAUUUGGGUAAUCUUAAAAAAGAAUUAAACAUAGACAUUUUAGAAGAAAAUUCUAAAAAGAAUCAUUUUCCCACUCACGUAGAAAUUUUAAAAAAUGUCUAUAGUUCAUUUAUCCAAGAUUUAAAACCUUUUUAUGAUAGAUUAGACCAAUUAAGCAAUGACAAAAAACAAACAAAUGUACAACACAAAUUGAAUGACAAAUUCUUAAAAAAAUUAGAUUUAUUAAAAAAAAAAUUUGAAGAAGAAUUACGGGAAAAAAAUGAAAAACAAUUACAAAAUUAUACUGAAGAAGAAAUGAACAAAGAUUUCAAUGUAAAAUCUAAAGAAAAUGAAACAGAGGUACAAGAAGAUUCUGAUGUUGAAAUAGAAGAAUUUGAAGAAGAAAUGCAAGAUCAUUCUGAAAUUGCAAAUAAUGAACAUUUUGAAGAAGUACAUGAAAAUUCAAAAUUUAAAAUUGGAGCAUUGGAAAAAGCAAUAAUAGUAGAUUCUGAAGUGAAAAUUGAAUAUUCUGAAAAUGAACAACAAGAAGAUUCUGAUGUGGAUAUUGAAGGCUUUGAAGGAGAAAUACUAGAGUUUCCUGAAGUUAAAAUUGAUGAUUUUUAUGAAGAAUCACAGGAAAAUACUGAUUUGGAUACUGAGGACCUAAGUGAUGAAGAAUUUAAUGACAUAAAUGAAGUAAUAGAAAUAGUUGAAGAUAUAGAAGUAGAAUCUUAUUAUUCAAUAGACGAUUAUAUAUCUUCGGAUAAAAUACCUACUUCAACAAACAAUGAAUUUAAUUUAAAAAUGGAUCCAAAUUCUAAACUUACAUAUAAUGAAGAAGAAAACUUAAAAAUCUCAUCUGAACCUACAAUAUUUACAGAGCAUAUUAAAGAGAAACAAAUAUUUUCUGAACUUAAACAUCAAUUAGAUGAACUAUAUCAAGAAUAUAAAGGUUAUGUGCAAAAAAAAGUGUUUAAAGAAUUAGAACAGGAAAUAGAUGAUAAACAGUUACAAGAAAUGGAAAAAUUUCCAAAUACGGUUAAUGAAAAAGACCUAAAAACUGACAAAGAUUUUCAAAAAGAAAUUGAUGAAUUACAAAAUGAAUGGUGUCAAUUAAAACCAGAAUUUAUGAGUGAUGUACCAUUAAGUUUUGUAUAUGAUAAAUCAAGCAAAAAAUUAAAAAAAAAAACCAUUCAAUUUGUUUGA